ACUUAGUAAGUAGAUUUCACCUCACCACGUAGUACCGCAGAAGAAUUACGUAAUCAAAGGUCGCUAUGGAUGUGUCAGAAUCGAAAUGGUCAAAGUUGAAAUAGUUUGUCAUGCAUAAAAGGCAACCCACAAAGUGCCUGUCUUGCAGAGUAGGCAAGACAGGCAGACUGUGAGCCUGUUGCGGGGUAGGAAUAGAGCUGCUAAAGUAGCAUGACAAAAGGCGUCCUCCUUACCCAAACAGCAUUACAAACUGCAUUCCGGUUCUACCCAAAUUUGUCAUGCGCCGCUAAGAAAUUGGGCUUCCAACUGGUAUCGAUUUUAUGCAUUACAAAUUAUUUCAGCUGUGUCGAUUUCAAUCCUGACACUCCCAUAGUCGCACGCACUGAAACUCUCAAGAUGGGCGGCGACGACAUCCAGCUCGACCAGGGUGCCAGUAUCCUGAGUAAAAACGUACCCACACCAUAGUUGUCAUGCAACUCUGCAUGCUUAAAAUGUUUCUCAUGCGGAGCCCCAUGAGAAGCAUUUUCUAGUGCGGUUUUGAAAUUUGUCAUGCUCCAAUCAGCACGAGAUACUAGAUCUGUAAUGCUGCUGAACUAGCUCAAACAGCACUACACUACGCGGACAAACUUGUCAUGCCAAACAACCAAAGCUGGCUGAUUUGUCUAGCAGAUUCCCCAUCCUGACUUUGGUGUGGGUACGUUUUUACUCAGGAUAGCCAGCACGUUUAACUUAGAGCUCGCCGGUCGCUCGUACAGCACCACUCAGUCCUCCCAAUCCCGACCGGUUUCCGCCUCCAGCUCCGCGAGGCCGUCCCGACCGCAAUCGGCGAACCGGUCGAGACCGCAGAGUGCAACAGGCGGGGGUGCGGGUGGAAAUAUCAAACAAGGCGCCAACAGCACUAUGCAAGAAAAAAACUGAGUAAAGUGGAAGUCUGCGAUGCAGAAAAUGCAAAACAGAUACACUUGUCAUGUGAGACAACCACGAAGUAGCCCUCUUUUGAUGUGUGUCCUCACGUGCUUGCGCUAGCUAUGCACCAUUACAGGUUUUUAUAUUUCUCUGUCAUGCAGAGCAAAUUGAAAUUUGUCAUGCUAUUACUCCAAGACACCUAAAGUAACACGACAGAAGUUUUUUUCUUGGAUAAACACCGUUGUCUCAGCCAAUGGAAUCGUGCCACCGCCCUUGCCGGGUAAAAGCGUCGGCGCACGUGUCGGCGCUGCAACUUCUACUUCUGGAGCCGGUGCGAAUUAUUCCGGAAUGUUGCAGCAGACUGUUCCACCACCUGCCACUGCCCCAAACUACAUCGGCACCGCCGGCGGUUCCGCGGCGUUCGCCCCGAAAUACAGUUCGGGGUUGUCGAAGCAAGCGGAACUCCGGAAGCAGCGACACUUAUCCUGUGCAAAAGUAUCGUGCUCGCAGUAAUUGCAUUUAUGCAUUACAAAUCUCUUUCUCAAGGUGAAUCAGCAUUACAAACGCAAUUUGUAAUGCUGGGCUAAUUUGUAAUGUAAUUUAUACUAGGACGAUGCUUUAUUUGCAUUGCAUAACACUCGUCCAUGCACGAUCUCGAAGAUCAGGAGGUCCAGGGCCUCACAUUAGGCGGCUACAGCACCAACGCUAUCCUGAGUAAAAACCUCCCCACCCCAGAGUUGUGCUAGAUAUGUGAUGCUGUUGAACUAGUAGCUAAAGCUAAACAGGCCGCUGACUUUACGAGGACGAACUUGUCAUGCGAAGCAACCAAAGCAGGUUGAUUUGUCUAGCAGAUCUCCCAUCUUGACUCUGGUGUGGGGACGUUUUCGGUCAGGAUAAACGCCCACGCGUCUUUGUCACUCGACCCGUGCGGAAUCUCCACGCCCGGGCUUGUAUCAAAUGUAAAAGUGUCUGGGUCUGGAAUGUUGCUGGGUUUGUCAUGCAUAUUUUGCAUGACCCAGGAUGUCUGUAAUGCACGACCUAGCAUCACAUAUUUUUGAUUUUAGGGGGCUUUCUGAUGCCUACUCCGCAUGACAAAUGCCCUCCCCGCGUAGCACAAGCUAGACUCCUCUUGCUGGUCAUGCAAUACAGAUUUUCUUACAGUCCAAAGUUAGCAUCACAAGUUCCAACCUUCCAGACCCAGACAUUUUUGCACUUGAUAGCCUGCCGCGGCGAAUCAAACGACAGUCGUCAACCCGGUCGUAGGUGGGGAUCAACAAAAUGCAGAACAUUUACCCUUAUCAAAUGCAAAAAUGUCUGGGUCUGAAAGAUUGCGAGACUUGUCAUGCUUGUCUGGCAUGACAAAAAAGCUUGUGAUGCAUGUCCAAGAAGAGACCCUUUUGCCUGUCAUGCAAAAACGCAGUUACAGUUUCUCAUGCAAAAAAAGCAACACGAAGAAGCGCAGAUAUUUCUCAUGCUUGGCUGUGCAUUACAUUUGAAGAGCACUCACUAUUCGUAUUCCUAACACAGCAUUACAAGUUUCCAGACACAGACAUUUUUGCAGUUGAUAGCCCUCCAGUUUUGCGUCCUUCUACCUGCGGGGGGAGCUGCAGAGGAAGCGAAGGGUUGUUGUAUCCCCGACGAAUAUCAAGUGCAAAAAUGUCUGGGUCUGGAAACUUGUAAUGCUGCGUUUGGAAUAAUGAGUGCUCUGUAAAAAUGCACAGGCAAGUAUGAGAAAUAGCUGCGCUUCUUUGUGUUGCGUUUUUCGCAUGACAAACUGCGUUUUUGCAUAACAAGCAAAAGGGUCUCUUCUUGGACACGCAUCACAAACUUUUUGGCCAUGCCAUACAAGCAUGACAAACCCGGCAACCUUCCAGACCCAGACACUUUUGCAUUGGAUAACGCAAAAUCGGUUUCGGUAUACGAGAAGAAUGGAUUUGAACGCGCAGGACGCGUUGGCGGAGCAAAACGAGAUCAACGCGAGACUGGAGGACCGGAAAUCUCUGAUGCUGGAUGAUGACGUCGACCCCGCUAGUUUGUCGCCAGACCAGGUCCGGAACUAUGCAAGAAAAAAUAAACAGAAACAGUGUAAGUGUAAAUCAGUGAUGCAGAAAAUGCAAAACAGUUGCACUUGUCAUGCUCGAUGAAGUGCGUCAUAGGCUACUAUCAUACGUGUUCCCACUUACUAGUUGCGCAUGACAGGUUCUUUUCCCUGUAAUGCAAAACGAAUUUGCGAUGCUGCUCUUCCUACAAAGUUACACUUACACGGUUUUUUUCCUGGAUAGGCAACUGCAUCUGUUCAAUCAUCAGAAGAAGGGCGGAGUUUUUGUCGGAGGUAACAACAUAUCCUGUGCAAAAGUAUCGUACUCGUACUGCAAUCAUGCAUUACAAAUCUUCUUUUUAAGGUAAAUUCGCAUUACAAAUUUUAUUUCUCAUGCUGAGGAAAUUUGUAAUGCGAUUAUACGAGUGCGAUACUUUUGCAGAUCAUACAACAGUCGGAGACGGGGCGGGAGUAAUUCCAAUUCUCCACAGAAGCCGCCGUCUUUUGUGGUACUCUCGUCUUCAUCCACGGGCUCUUCUUCGCCGAGCAAACAAGGGGCCCCUACGUCGCAACAGCGUGGUCCUGCCAAUCGCCAUGAUGUAGCACCACAGCAGCUGCAGGCGCAGAACCUGAACCUCCCGCGAGAAGCAGGAGGUGGAGCAAGCGCUAGUGCAACGCCGAUCACCACGAACCCCUUGUUUGAGGUGUACGAGAAGUUGGAAUUGAUGCAGCACCAAGCGGACUUGGACGAAACUAGUCAUGCAGAUCUGCAAGAAAAUUAUAUCGGUUGUUCGGUUGACGACGAAAACUACGCACUGAGCAAUAACAUCAACGCACAAGAACACCAAUCCGCUUCCAAAACGGACGUGGAAUCGGUUCCGUUGGAGUGCAGCCGACACGGGCCGCCGCCAACGCGGGAAAGGUCAAGAGAGGAGCUAUCGAAGGAAGGGGAACAAGAUGAAGACAACUACAACUACAACUACUCCGGCGGUUCUGUGUCCAAUUCAAACUAUGAAUUGCAAAGUAUCGUACUCGUAUAAACGCAUAACAAAUUUCCACCUCAGCAUGAGAGAUAAAUGCUGAUUUACGUUAAGAGUAAAGAUUUGUAAUGCAUGACUGCAAUACGAGCGCGACACUUUUGCACAGGAUACAAACCACUUACCAUCGAAACUCGACGCGAAAACUUCCACAACGGAUUUGAUCAACUUCCAAAAUUCAUCCAGGUCGAAAUUAGUCGUUGAUCAGGCGACAAGUGUGGACAUUAAUCAGAUGAAAAGUUCUUGUCAGAGUGCGAGUUCGCGACCGGGCGUGCAUUCAACAGCUUCGCGGGUUGUGCAGCAGAUCGGAGGUGGACCAUUUGAUGAGCAGACACCGGGACGACAAGCAGGGAGCAAGACACAGGGAAGUAGUUCUAGCUCCGAAAACAAGAGCAGCAGACGGUUAGAGCCGGCUGGUGCAGCAGAGGGUGUUGACCACGGUGCUGAAGUGACUGCUGAACAACUACUUGAAAAGGAACUCCAAAGUGAAGAGCUCCGAGCCGUUUGUGGUCCUGGCGGGCACGACGAUGAUGACACAAAUAAAUCGAACAGGCAUCUUCAACUCGUCCAGGAGCUCACCCCAGACACCCUUCCGAACUUUCUUGAAAAAAUCCAACUGCUGUACAGCUUCGAGCCACGGUACGAAAUUUUCCAGACCGAAUUACUCUCCCAUACGACACAACUUGCGGCGGAUCCGGUGAAAAGGGUGGAAAAGCAGUUGGAAUUAGUAUCAAGAAGAAAAAUCCCCCCUCCCCAUAUCAAAACGAAAAUCUGUGAUGCAGAUUUGUGGCCACAAAUCAGGCUUGUCAUGCUAGAAGGGAAAAGAUGCGGACACGGACUGUAGUGCUGGGCGGCGUGGGAAAGCCUUGCAUCUUCAGCAUGACAGGAGCCAGCUGGAAAUGGGAAACAGCAUGACAAAUCGCCUGCGAGAAGUAAGCGUAAGCGAGAAGUAAGGUAAAGAUAACAUAACUGCCCGGGGAUGAAGAAAUACUCGCGAUGUUUUUCGCGGUUCUGACCCUAGAUCUCCUGCGUCCGAAGCUGCUUGCGGCGACGGUGCAAAGGUUUUUGAUGUGGUGCAGUCGGGUAUGCAUGACAAAUCGCCUGCACACGAGGCCACGCCACGGCUCUUGGCCUUCUUGCAAUACACGUCGGUUUGUGUACUCAAAUACAGCAUCACAAAUUUCGUUUUCGAUAUGGGGAGGGGGGAUUUUUCCCUCUGAUAAUUAGUCACAACUUACCUUGAGUAUCUCGCGGUGAAUCACAUGCUAUCCUCUUGCUUCUCCGUGGUGAUUUCAAGAAAAACGGUUUCUGAGCAACUAGCCCGGCACAAAAAUUGGCGGGAAGUCGUGGGGGACUUUGAUGAGGAUGGGCUCAGCAGUAACAACUGGCUGCACAACUGGAGUCAGUCCACCUCAACGAUGUUUUCCAUCUCCCGAAAUAACAGCCGUCCCGGGUCGGCGCAUCGGGCAAAAAAUACAAGACCGAGUUCUGCGACUACUAAACCGAAGCAGUUGCAAGAACUGCUGUUGCAAGAGCAGCAGGCACAAGAAUUGGAUGCAGCUCCUGUGCAGGAAAUUACGUCUCCAACACUAGAACAAGAAGAGCUAGUCGUCCGAUCUGGAUCGAACAACUGGUUGGAUUUGAUGGCGAUGUCGCAGUAUCCUGUGCAAAAGUAUCGUACUCGGAGUCAUGCAUUACAAAUCUCCACUCCAAGGCAAAACAGCAUGACAAACUCCCUUUGUCAUGCUGAGCUAAUUUGUGUUGCAAUUGCUACUAGUACGAUACUUUUGCAUUGCAUACGCAGCUAGCGUCCCGGGUCCAGCCAGACGCGAUGCCGGUGACUACGGCGAAAUUGGGUGUGACGGAUGACGAAAAAGAGUUGGCGUUCGCGCGCGAAGAAGCGGAGAGAGCGAGGAAGGAAGCAGAACUACAGGCACAGGAGGGCAGCGCUGUUGGCUCCGCAGAUGUUGAAGCUGCGCGACAGCAAGAGAAUGCUCCUGUAGCGGGAAAUGAAAUCAGUGCUGCCCCGGAGGCGGAACAACCGCAACAGCAACAGCAAGACGCCCUAGAGCAGCACGAACAACGUCAAAAAUCGCGGCUCCAGGAGGAAGAUGUUGAACAGCAACGUCUCGAAAACAACAACCCCCACAACCAGCCAGACCUCCCGAUUGUCGAAGUGAAAAGAGUCUUUUUCGACGAGAGAAAGUUCGCGGACCAACCUAUGGCUUGCUCAGACGUUACAAUCUCAUCAAGCGUUACAACAAUAGAAUCUGAAACUUGUUGUGCGUAAACAGCAUGAGUACGAUACAGAUUUUUGGGCUUUUCGCAAGACAAAUUUUGCCAGAUUGUCGUGGGGUAGGUUGGAGCUCCGAAACUUGUCAUGCGCGCUCCUGUGAGAGUAGACCAGAUGCUACGCAUUUUGCAACACAAAUUCCAGAGGACUCUAUUGUAACGCUUGUGAUCGUAACACCUGAGCGGGUUAUACAAAUCCCGCUAGUUCGGUUUAUGAACUGCAAAAGUAAUAUCGUACUCGUAUUAAUGCAUUACAAAUUUCCUCAGCAUGAGAGAGAAAAUUUGUAAUGCGGAUUUCCCUUAAGAUCUAGAUUUGUAAUGCAAGACUUGCAUUUAUACGAAUACGAUACUUUUGCACAUGAUACGGUUUUUCACCGGGCAACUGAAGGCGCAGGAGGAUUUAUGAGAGUGCACAACUGUCCCUCCCCCUCAUUUGAACUGCAUGAACAGCAAUAGAAGGGACUGCAACACUGCAGCUUUUGCAUGACAAAUUUUCACAGGAUUCUGUAUGGUGUUUCUUGGGCUCCUGCCAGAAUCUGUGAUGGUAAGAUGCCCAAGGGGCAAGGAGUGGAUUUGGUAUUUUGCAUGACAAAUGAGGGGGAGGGGGAGUUUUGCACUUUCAUAGGAUUUCGUCGUGCAAAUGAAACUGCCGGAGGAGCUAGUUCAGGAGAACGAAAAAUUGAAGGAAGAAAACCAUUUUCUUCAGCAAAAAGCCGAAGAAACCGAAACCCAAAUCAGGAACAAAAUUGUGGAGGAAAACGUGGACCUCUACAUCAAUAUCCAGAAGGAGACGGAUAUGGGAGUGUCAGGUUUGAAAUCGUCAAUAAAGUUGAAAUUAUAGUUUGCCAUGCAUAAAACAGAUACCAGCUGGUGCCUAUUUUUCAAUUGGCGCAUCACAAAUCUAGGUAGAACCGAAAUCCAGUUUGUCAUGCUGUUUGGGUAAGGAAGACGCCUUUUGUCGUGCUCCUUUUUUAGCUGCUCAGUUUCUACCCCUCAACAGGCUUACAAUCUGCCUCACUUGCCUCCUCUGCAAGACAGGGCGGCUGCAUUUUAUGCAUGGCAAACUAUAUCAAUUUCAACUUUGACGAUUUCAAUCCUGACACUCCCACAACGGAAGAAGUCGUCAAACAGUCGGAAUUUGACUUGAAGAUCGCGGAGGGGGAUGCGGAGGCGUUUUUGAGGGAGAAGAAUAAGAUGAAAGAGAAGCCUAUCAACUGCAAAAAUGUCCUCUGGGUCUGGAAACUUGUGAUGCAAGUCCGUGAACAAUAAAGUGCUCUGUAAUGCGCCGCCAAGCAUGACAAGUUUUUUCGUGUUUCUGUGCUGCGUAUUUCGCACGAGAAACUGCGCUUUUGCAUGACAGGCAAGAGGACCUCUUUGUGGCCGCGCAAUACAAAGGGCAGAGUCAUGCUAGACUACCAUGACAAAUCGCGCAAUCUUCCAGAGGACCCAGACACUUUUGCAUGUGAUAAAGCUGAAGGAAGUUUUGGACGAGAAGCAAAAAUUUGACAAAGUGUAUGCAUUUUGCAAAAGUAUCGUACUUCGUAUGAAUUGCAUUCACGCAUGACAAAUCUCUUUCACUUUCUAAAACUGAAACAGCAUUACAAAUUCCACUUUUAUUGUUCUUCCAGGAAUUUGUGAUGCAAGUUACACCAGUACGAUGUUUUUGCAUUGCAUAAAGUGAACGAGCGACUGAUUUUGUCCGCGAUGCGGCAAUGCAACCAGUUGGAUGGACAGUUGAGCUCGUUUGUGACUACAACCACUACUACACAGGCGUCUGCUCCUGCUGUUUCGGAUGAAGACCACGGAGCAGAACAACCUGAAAAAAAGCCCGAUUUCAUGCAGUUUCUGGAACUGCAGAAACAAAACCGGGCGAAUGGGCUGCUGCCGAUCAGCGCUGCUUCGUCCUCUCUCCAGCCGUUGUUUCUGGCGACGUAUGCACGGGGGUUGAAGGAGACCAUUGGGGAAUUGGCGAAGAAUUACCAGGAGAGUAGGGUGUAUCCUGUGCUGCAAAAGUAUCGCACUCGUAGUAAAAUAUUGCAGCUACAACGCAUUAGCAUUACAAAUCUCGUUCCCAAGGUAAAUCAGCAUGACAAAUUCCAUUUGUCAUGCCGGGCGAAUUUGUAUUACAAUUUUUGUUACUAGUACGAUACUUUUGAGUUCAUAGGGUGAAAGCGGCUAAGGAGCAAACAGCUGCAAAGAAGAAGCCACACAGUGCCGCUGGUGCGUCGCAGAAAUCGUCUUCCUCCUCUUCCUCAUCGACAAGUGUGAAGAAUAGUUUGAGUGGGAGCUGCACAACGAGUGCGACUGCAAUAAACAAGACGCCAGGUGGUCGUGCUCCUGCAUCGACAUCUUCUAGUUCCUCAGCGGCAAAUAUGGGAGUGUCAGGUUUGAAAUCGUCGGUCAGAGUUGAAAUGAUUUGUCAUGCAUAAAAUGCGAUACAAAAACUGACUCUAUUGCAGAGGACGCACGGGAGGCAGAUUAUAGUCCUGGCAAGGGUCUUCAAAAGUUGGACUGCUGACUAGCAUGACAGAAGGCAGCUCCUUUGCUCUAAACCGCAUGACAGACUCGCUUCCAGGACCGGGAAAAUUUGUCAUGCGCCGACUACAAACUGUAGGUCUAACUGGUAGCCGUUUUAUGCAUCACAAAUCAUUUCAACUUUGACGAUUUCAAUCCUGACAGUUCCAUAGCAAAUAAACCGAAAAGCAAGAUCACCCCGGACGGUCCGCAUGAGGCGAUCAAGAAAAUGAACACGAUUGCGAGGCCCAAACUAAAACCGAAAUGGAACAAGGAGGAAAACACGAGCGUGCAAAGGGAGGAAAGACUGUGGGACUGUUUGGCGCAGGUAGUUGUUAACAUUCGUGGGUCGUCGUUUGGGAUUUUUUCAUUUAGAUUUUCUUCAGAAUUUGUCUUGCAAAAGCAUAAGCAUCAGUCCCUGUGGCCGUUCUUUCGAUUUUCCAUUUGCAAUGCACAAAACGCAACGAAAAUAUAUCAGGUCCAGAAAGUAUCGGAAGAAGCCAUGAAAGACUUCGAUCGGGAUGUGGUGGAGAUGGACGCAUUGGUAUCCAGGUAAAAACAUCCAAACCCCGAUCCAAUUUGUCAUGCAAAACAUGCAAUAAAGUCCAGUGUUUGUCAUGCAAAAAUGGAUGGGGAUUGGUGCUGUUUUUUCCUGGAUAAUUGCUCAUGUCGAGUCCGCGACCUGCCUCGGUGUGGACCGGAGGUUGUAACAACAGCCGGGCAUCUUCCGCUGGUGUCCCCAGUCGACCCAUGUCCGCGCAGACGAAUCUAUCCUGUGCAAAAGUAGGAUCGUAAACUGGUACUAAUGGCAGUCAUGCAAGACAAAUUUCAUUUUCUAGCUAAAUCAGCAUGACAAAUUCCAUUAGUCAUGCUGAGCUAAUUUGUGUUGCAAAAAUACCACGACCACGAGUAAGAUACUUUUGCAGUAGUUCAUAAAAUCUGUACAACAACAAUUCCUCGAGUAGUACUUGUUCCCGCCCUCUAUCCGCACAAACCCACUUAUCGAACUUCUACGCGGCGACCGGUGGUGGAAACAGUAACAGUCGGCCGCAAUCCGCCCAAACACACCAUAGUACAACUGCUGCUCCACUUUCAACAACGUCUCGCCCGGUGUCCGCAAUGGACCACCCGGCGUCCAGGCCUCUGUCUGCCUCGAGACCAACGCACCAAUUGCUGAUGUCGGAGAUUUAUGAGUUGCAAAAGCAUCGUACUACGUAUGAAUUGCAUUACGAUUAGAAAUGAAAUUUGUAAUGGUGCUUGACGUUAGGAGACAGAUUUGUAAUGCAUAUUAUACUGCAAUUAGAAUUACGAUUACCACGAGUGCGAUGCUUUUGCAGUGCAUAAGAUCAAGAAAAAUCCACAGUUUUUCCUGAACCAGUUUCAGGAAGAUUUAGAAGCGGUAUGAAAGUGCACACCCCCUCCUCUCCCUCAUUUGUCAUGCAAAAUACCGAACCCAACUGCUGUCCUGUGGUACUGUUUGCAUGACAGAUUCCGGAAAGAACCCGCCAAAAGGUACUACAUUACGUGCAUGAAGAAGAACUUGUCAUGCACAGACUCCAGAUGUGCGGGUGUUUGAGUUGCUGUUCAUGCAAUACAAUUUAGGGCGAGGGGCAGUUGUGCACUGUCACAAGCGGUCGGAUCGGAUGAGGAGGUUGUCGCGGAAACGAAUCAAGUCGAAACCGCCAUAAACCAAAAUUUGAUGUCAAACCCGAACAUUAUCACCCGAGUCUCGGUUGCGGAAAGUAGGCACGUCGGAACAACAAACCAUCGUAGUUCAUCUUUCACCCAGCAAGUAGAGAAGGCAUCCUCGUCGUCCACGGUCGCCCAUCACCUGCCGUUUGAAAACGUGGAAAGUGGCGGGUCGUCGAUUGAGGUAAAUGGAGAUAGAGAUGAUCACGACGUGGACGUUGAUGACCCAGCAGACAGCAUGGUGAAUAAGUUCGGAUCUUCUUCUGUCUCGGCCGGCUCACAAAUAAAACCCAACAGCCAAGUCCUAAACGCCAUCCCGCACUUCAUCCAGCGCCCAACGUCUGCGAAACUGCGGGCGGCUGCCUCCAGGCUGGAACGAGCAGCAGAACAGGCGGAAGACGAGAAGUUUGAUUUCCCUCUGAACAGUACUACGCAUUGCAAAAGUAUCGUACGUAGUCGCAAAAAUCGCAUCACAAAUUUCUGCAGCGUGAAAAAUGGAAUUUGUCAUGCGGAUCUCGCGAUAAGAAAAAGAGUUGUGAUGUAUGACUGCAAUUACCUCCACUACGAGCACGAUAGUUUUGCAGUGCAUAAGCGGCAAACCGGGUCAAUUGAGUUUUACCCCGGACUACGUGAAAAAGAAGGAGAACCUAUCCUGAGUAAAAACGUACCCACGCCAGAGUUGUAAUGCAGAUUUGCAAAGACAGGAAGACUUGUAAUGCGCAUCCCCAUGAGAGCCAUUUCCAGUCGUGUUUUGGAAUUUGUGAUGCUGUGAACAGGAUGAGCAGAUGAAUCUGUGACGCGGCUGCACUUGCUAACCUGCACUGCGCUGCAUAGUGCAAGGACUUGUCAUGCGUGACUCACAAAACUCCUAGGUUUGUGUUGCAAAAUCCCCAUCCUGACUCUGGUGUGGGUACGUUUUUACUCAGGAUAGAACCACUGGACGAGACAGGGAUGGAAAACGACUUUUGCGAGCAAAGUGAACAUAUACAUUGCAAAUACCUAGUCUGGGUCUGGAAGAAUGCAACUUGUGAUGCUGCUUCAUUGGGAUUCCGAAAAAAAACUGUAUUGCAUGAGCAGCAAAGGGAAUGCAAUUUUCGCUAUGCGGUGGAAAGGGCAUUUGUCAUGCUCAUGCGUACUUAAUAGGCAUCAAGAAGGAGCGCGCAAAAUAAAAAUCUCUGAUGCUAGGGCAUGCAUCACAGACAUAAUGGCUCAUGGAAAACGUGCAUGACUGACAAGUCUCAGAAUCAUCUUCCAGACCUAGAUGACAUAUUUGCCAUGCAUAGACCAAGGGAGUGACCUUUCCGUCAACCCCAGCGGUGCAAAAACUUACCUCGGAGGAACAGGAAAGAGCAUUGCAAAACGGCCUUCAGAAUUCUACAACGAGCAGUAAGAAAGCUGCAGUAAGCAGUAGCAAAAGCAGAAAAGUCCUCCUCUCCCUGAAAGCCGCCGAGGCACACAAUUUGAUUCUGGCAAGGAUGCAGCAGAAGGACAAACUCGCCAGAGAAUUUGAAUCCAGUCCGCGACGGAAGUUUAACAGAGGGAGUCCGAGGAAAUCUUCGCCCCUGUUUAAGAAGAAGACGGCUAUUACGGAAGUUCCUGGUCAACGUGCGGCUUUGCAAGGGGAACAAGGGGAACAACAAGCUGCAGCAGAUCAUAUUCCUCCUGAUGCAAUGAACGUUGUUCCGCCAGCAAGCCACGUGGUGGUCGUGCCGAACGUGAACGCCUUCCUGGACACACUGAAGAGCGCGAAGACGGAACAAGAGCAGUUAAAACUAGCAACGGACGAGGAUCAUCAUGUCUUACUGGUUGACACUGACGUCGGUUCGUGCACCACCGACGCAGAAGGCGGAACAGCUACAGGUGGGAUUAUCAGUUCUGCGAGUGCAUCAGCAUCCGCUAGUGGGGCGACGACGCCGACUAGCACGAUCGGGUACAACAUUAAAAAUACCGGAAGCUAUGCUGUUGCUGGACCUGGUGGCGUAGCUCAUGAUCAUGUCAACAUGCACAUCUUCGGAAAGCAAUACAGUGCGAGGACCACUGAUCAUGCCGGCAGCGAGGCUGCACCAGGAGGAAACAAGGACAUUUUGGUGCAGCAAAUUCAUCCCGAUUAUCGUCCAGUUACAACUUCUUCGCUGAACCAAAAAUUACAACAAGAAGUCGAUGGGGGGAUAUGCAAUACAAAUUUCCCGUACAUGUUGUACAACACGCAUCACAAAUUUCACCAAUUAGCAGGAGCGUCGCACUUGUCAUGCUAAUCUGGGAGCGAAGCCAAGUUUUGUCAUGCAGAGACCGCAUCUGUACGUGUGCGGGAAAUUUACUGUGGAUAUGGGAAGAGUCAAAGUUACGAAGAAAGGGUAGUGGUUGAUGACGACGUGGCGGAGGAUGGUGUGAAUGCGAGAAAUGUAUUUCUAACUGUAUGAUUUUGAUUUAUCCAGCUCUAUAUCUAAUUCAAUGCGCGGAAAUCACGUCUGGUCUCCUGGUGACACCAGACAGACACAGACUUUGAUGCAUUUAUUCCGUUUCGCGUGAUCUCGUUAACAGCGUGCCUUUGACUUUGUACUCCCGAUCCCGCGCUUGGGCUACUUGAGCUAUUAUUUGCAUAUGGAAUAAAAUAAAUUUGAAUUUACGCGCACUUCCUUCGUAUAAUCGCAAAGUAAAGUGAAGAACAAGAAUUAGAGUCUGAAGUACUCUUCAAUUGUCGACGUAGACUAUCGUUAAUUAUCGUAGAAGCGAUGUAAUAAACAACUAUGACUAUCGUUAAUACUAACUAACACGCUCAGUGCGACUGUUAUCUCAGACUAAACCUCAACGGAGCUGAUAACCACCUACACGAAUUUCCAGAAGGGAUUGGUAGCAGAUAAAGUUCGAAAAUGGAAAAUGCAAGAACAUCCCCGUAGAAAUAAUAGUUUUAUCAACAGCAGCGUUACGUGAAAUCGUGUUGUGCCCAGUUUCUGUUUCGUACUCUUAAAUAAAAUGCACAUAAAACAAAAAAUGUACCGACCGACCCUUUGCGGAUUGGGUAAAAAUUUGACCCCAGUGUAGAUCUCGUCGCGAGACGAGGACGAUGAAGCCAGCUGCAGCUGCCUUCAAGUGCAGCACGAAUGGAGAACGCAAGAAGCAAAUGAACCGUUUCCUCACGGCUACUUGUAUCAAUAAGUUCCUUCUAAAAAAAAAGCAAAA